CAUGCAGAUUGUGUGAGGAGUGAGGUCAAAUUCUCCUCCUUUGCAUUGGAGUUCCAGUCCAACAACUGCUGGACAUAAACAGCUGCUGAGAUAUCUCGUUUUCCUGUUUCCCACAAAGGAAAAAACAGCAGCUGGGUCUGAAGUGCCUUAACUGAUUUAGGCGUGUUCCUGGUUAUUUCUACAGAUAGAUACCUUCAGUUUCAUCGACAGAAUGCAAAGUAAGAAGGAAGGAUGGACAGUAAACUAUACACUUUAUUCAAAAAUACUAUUUCUUACAUGUUUUGUUAAUGCUUCUACCCUCAAUCCUGGCCUUAGAGAAGAAAAAUGUGUCAAUGACCCAAGAUGGCAUACUAGGAAUUGCAUCUGGCUGAAAAUUUUUUUGGGACAGGGAGAUUGCUGGUACUUCAGCAAACCUGUGGUUUAAUCUUCCUCAUCUUGCUUUAUGGUCAUGGGAGGUGGAAAAAGGAUGAAUAUUUAAACAGCAGUCUUCAGUCUUGCUUCAAAAUGUCCCUGUGUGCAUCCUCUCACAAGGAUUUUUCUCAGUUGCUGCCACUUCAGGAUAUUGAAGGCAGUAAGACAGAAAUUAAAAACUCACCUGCUAGCAUCGUCUCUUCAGUUCCCUACAGUUGUAAUCAGUCCACACUGACAGCAGAACACAGUCCAGUCUAUAUUCCCUCAUCUUACAUGGAAAGCAGACAUGAAUAUUCUGCAAUGGCGUUCUGCAGUCCUGCUAUGAUGAAUUACAACAUUUCCAGCAAUUUUGGUGAUUCGGAGACUGCAUCCACAAGGCAAACGUCAAGCCCCAGUGUGUUCUGGUCUGCUCCCAGCCAUCGCUCCCCUCUAACGCUACACUGUCAGUCAUCGCUUCUGUAUGCAGAGCAACCGAAGAGUCCAUGGUGCGAAGCAAGACCAAUGGAGCCUCUUCUACCUGUGACCAGAGAAACGUUGAAAAGAAAAACUAAUGGCAAUGACUGUACAAGCCCAAUUGCAAAUACUCCUGGCUCAAAACGGGAUGCCCACUUCUGUGCAGUCUGCAGUGACUAUGCUUCAGGAUACCACUAUGGGGUCUGGUCAUGUGAAGGCUGCAAAGCAUUCUUUAAAAGAAGUAUUCAAGGACAUAAUGAUUACAUCUGCCCAGCUACCAAUCAGUGCACGAUAGAUAAAAACAGGCGCAAAAGCUGCCAGGCGUGUCGGCUACGGAAAUGUUAUGAAGUGGGAAUGAUGAAAUGUGGCUCAAGAAGAGAACGUUGUGGGUAUCGGAUCCUGCGUAGCCAUCGUAAUUCAGAAGAUCACAUGCAUUGCAUUGGCAAAGCUAAGAAAUACAGUGAGACAGCAACCCGUGUAAAAGAGAUCCUGCUCAGCACAGUCAGUCCAGAGCAAUUUGUUUUGACACUACUUGAAGCAGAGCCUCCCAAUGUACUGGUGAGUCGUCCCAGCAAACCAUUCACGGAGGCCUCCAUGAUGAUGUCCCUGACAAAACUGGCAGACAAAGAGCUGGUUCACAUGAUUGCUUGGGCCAAAAAAAUUCCUGGCUUCAUUGAUCUCAGCCUCUAUGACCAAGUAAGACUCUUGGAGAGCUGCUGGAUGGAAGUUUUAAUGGUUGGUUUGAUGUGGAGAUCAAUUGACCAUCCUGGGAAACUGAUUUUUGCACCAGACCUUGUCUUAGACAGGGACGAGGGGAAAUGCGUAGAGGGAAUUUUGGAGAUCUUUGAUAUGCUUCUGGCUAUGACCUCAAGGUUACGAGAGCUGAAACUGCAGCACAAGGAGUAUCUGUGUGUCAAGGCAAUGAUCCUCCUCAAUUCCAGCAUGUUUCCCUUGUCAGGAGAAGAACCAGAAAGCAACAGGAAACUGCAUCAUCUGCUUAAUGUGGUCACAGAUGCUUUGAUGUGGGUUAUCGCAAAGAGCGGAGUCCCCUCGCAGCAGCAGACCACUCGCCUGGCCAACCUGCUGAUGCUCCUCUCUCAUGUCAGACACGCAAGUAACAAGGGAAUGGAGCAUCUCCUGAGCAUGAAGUGUAAAAAUGUGGUCCCAGUGUAUGACUUGCUGCUGGAGAUGUUGAAUGCACACACUCUCCGAGGGCAAAGGAAGUCCCCAGCCACGCAUCCCGAAUUUGGCCCGUUAGAACAAAUGGAGACUGGAGACAGUCUGAGGAAUGCGGCAGCCCAGUAAUUCUGCUGAGACCUGGAGAUGUGAUGCUUGUUCAAAGCUAUGGGAGAAAACAAAACUGCUGUGUUGGGACUACUGAAGUGUGACCUGGUGCGAGUCCUCAUCUCUUCUAGAUUUGCACAUCGGUAUCUUGGGAAAGGCUUGUGGGAUGCAUGCUUCUGUCCAUAUUUCUGACAUUUUAAUAGCUGCACUUUAACAGUGCCUUUUUGGAGACUCUUCAAAAGCACCUUAUGAAAUUAAGCCUCAGAACAGUGCUGCGAGACACGGAAUUACUGCCUCUCCUUUUCAGAGCCAGGCAAACUGUGACAGAGAGCUAAAGGGACUGGUUUAAGAUGACAGAAGUUAUCUGUGUCAGGACUAGGAGUGAGCACCUACGUUUCUGUCUCCCAGACCAAGGUUUUUAUGUGAUGACUAGUCAAUUUCCUCUUUCAUAGAAUCAUAAUCAUAGAAUAUCUCAAGUUGGAAGGGACCCAUUAGGAUCACUGAAUCCAGCUUACCUC